AGACAGAUAUCGCCCCUUCCCUCUUCGACUCUUGCAAUGAUUCCCAUCAGCUGCAAUGCCCUUCUCUCAUAGGACACUGACGGUGUCCCCACCUCCGGAAGGCUUUUCCCAGGGGCACUAUCUCCUCCUCCUAUCUCCUCCUCGCUUCUGCACUAGCAGUCACGAGUUCUAGAAAGCUCUACUUCUGGGAUCGCCAGCCCAGGUGGGUCAGUCCAUUCUGGGUCUUCCUCCAGCUCUUCUCCGCAGAGCGUGGGGCUAGGGAACACCAGGGCUGACUGCUCUAGGGCGGCAGCCCGGAGGGUCGGCCCCGCCCCCUCACCUCUGGGAUGGACCGUGCCACCCAACCUAAGCGCCCCCGUUAUAAAAUGGUUCAACCCAGAGGGCGGUGCUAGGUACCCGGGACGUUCCGAUUGGCCCGGGCGAGCCGUACCAUGGUGGCGGGGGCGACGGGAGGCAGCGGUUUUUGAGUCUGUAUGUGCAUAACCUGAGAUCCUAGCUGUGUCCUGCGCUGGUGGUGCCAGGCUGCCCGCCGGGAUGCAGUGGGCCGUGGGCCGGCGGUGGGCAUGGAUCGCCCUAUUUCUGGCUGUUGCCGCGGUGCUGACCCAGGCGGUCUGGCUGUGGCUGGGGACGCAGAGCUUCGUCUUCCAGCGAGAAGAGAUAGCGCAGCUUGCUCGGCAGUACUCUGGACUCGACCAUGAGCUGGCCUUCUCUCGGCUGAUCGUGGAGCUGCGGAGGCUGCACCCAGGCCACGUGCUGCCGGAUGAGGAGCUGCAGUGGGUGUUUGUGAACGCGGGCGGCUGGAUGGGCGCCAUGUGUCUUCUGCACGCCUCGCUGUCUGAGUAUGUGCUGCUCUUCGGCACCGCCCUGGGCUCCCGUGGCCAUUCGGGACGAUAUUGGGCUGAGAUUUCUGACACCAUCAUCUCUGGCACCUUCCACCAGUGGAGAGAGGGCACCACGAAAAGUGAGGUCUUCUACCCAGGAGAAACAGUUGUGCAUGGGCCUGGGGAGGCAACGGCUGUGGAGUGGGGGCCGAACACAUGGAUGGUGGAGUAUGGCCGAGGUGUCAUUCCGUCUACCUUGGCGUUUGCACUGGCUGACACUGUCUUCAGCACCCAGGACUUCCUCACCCUCUUCUAUACGCUUCGCUCCUAUGCCCGGUGCCUCCGGCUUGAACUCACCACCUACCUCUUUGGCCAAGACCCCUGACCAGCCAGGACUGAGGAAGACCUGUGGAUGGACAGGAGCGAGCGAGCGAGCGGCGAGCGAGCGGGACCACAUUCAUCUACUUGCUGGAACUCAUGUGCACAGACAGCAGCAUACAUCAUGCAGAUAUUAAGUUCCUGCUGUAUGAGGAAGGACAUACAUAGUUAUACAUCCAGACACAGCUCUUUGGGAGCAAAUGAGACACAUAGAAAUGCUAAGAUUUGUAUGUACUGUAAGA